CGGUGUGCUCAUGGCUCACCUACACAAAAUCCUACACGUUCUGCUCCGUCACACUCUUCUCUAAAAUCCGCUGCUUCACUCUCCUUUUCCGCUAUGGCCGAUCCGACUCCGUUGCUCUCACAAUCUGCCACCGGCAGCGGCGAGGAAGAACCUCCGAAGCUCGAGAAGCACCACCCUUCGCUGGACUCGAUGAUCGAGCGUUCGAUGAAAGAUUCCGGGUGGGCUCAGCUCAUGCAAGCCUCGCUCGUGUCGCUCGCUUGGUUCUUCGACGCGCAGCAAGCGUUCAUAAGCAUUUUCACUGACGCUCUACCGCCGUGGCGCUGCGCGAAUCUCGACGACGAGUAUUGCAAAUCCAUUUCCGACGUUUGUCGGCUCCCUAGUAGCUCCUCAUCGCAAUGGGAAUAUCCCAAGCACGCCUCUAUAGUAUCCGAGUGGGGCCUUCAAUGCGCAAACUCUACAAUUAAGGGCUUACCGGCUUCGUCUUUCUUCAUGGGAUGCUUGAUUGGAGGUUUGCUUUUGGCGGCGCUCGCCGACUCCUCGCUCGGACGCAAAAACAUGCUCUUUAUAUCGUGUUUAGUCAUGUCUUGCUCAUCCCUACUCACGGUCUUCUCCACCAACGUGUGGAUCUACUCUGGCUUGAGAUUCGUCGCCGGAUUUGGGCGCGCCACAAUUGGCACAUGUGCUCUAGUGCUAUCAUCGGAACUAGUUGGCAAGAAGUGGCGAGGAAGUGUCGGGGUGAUCGGAUUCUUCGGUUUCACGUUAGGAUUCUUAUCAUUGCCGGCGAUCGCCUACGUGAACCGAGGUUCGUCAUGGAGGGUUCUAUACAUUUGGACGUCAGUCCCGGCCAUUGGCUACUGUGUGUUAGUCCGUUUCUUGGUUUGCGAGUCCCCGAGAUGGCUCUUUGUGAGGGGACGCAGGGAAGAGGCUGUGGAAACCAUAAAGAGCAUGGCACAACCGGGCGCGAGCACCCUCACCAAGGGCUUCUCCUCGAUAUUGCUCGAGGAGAACCCUUUGAACGACAUGGACGUCUUCUCCGCAAUCAAGGCCUUAUUGGAGAAGAGAUGGGCUUUUCGCCGGCUAUGUGCAGUCAUGUUGGUCGGGUUCGGGACGGGGAUGGUGUAUUACGGGAUGCCGCUUGGGGUCGGGAACUUAGACUUCGACCUCUACUCAAGUGUCACGCUCAACGCCCUCGCGGAGCUGCCAUCGACCCUGGUCACUUUCCUCCUGAUCGGGAAGCUCAAUAGGAGGAGUUCUCUACUAUUCUUCACAACACUCAGCGGAUUUUGUAGUGUGAUGUGCAUUUUUAAGGGCCAAGUGUGGCAAAAGUUGCAACUUGGCUUGGAACUAGUCUCGUUUUUUAGUGGAUGCACCGCGCUUGAUGUGCUGUUGAUAUACACAUUAGAGUUGUUCCCGACAUGCGUGCGGAACUCAGCGAUGUCGAUGGUGCGGCAGGCAACGGUGUUUGGCGGCGUGUUCAGCCCGUUGCUGGUGGCGGCAGCCGGCCGGAUAGGUGACAGGGUGGUGUCUUUUGGGGUUUUUGGGCUGGUAAUGGGGUGCUGUGGGCUGUUUGCCUUGUGCUUGCCGGAGACAAGAGGUGGGAAUCUUUGUGAUACAAUGGACGAGGAAGAGAGCAAAGACAACAAGGGGGACCCUAGUGUUGUGCUGAAAAGCAAUAAUCUAUAUCGUCAUUGCGGAAAGUGGAAACAACGGACGUUCACGAGAACAAACUUGAACAUAGAUAAAGCAAGAGAAAAAACAGAGUCUCUUGAUGAUUGGGAAUGAGACAAAAUAUAUCUUAGAUGGAGGUAAAAUGGACACUUUAGAAGUUGAAAUCCCAAGGACCCCAAAGACGACAAAU